AUGGACGAGCUAUUGGCGAAACACCGCAAAGAACAAAAAGACCUUCAAGCACGAAUCACGCAGAAGAAAAAGUCCGCCACUAAGAAGACCCGCCGAGGAAUCAACGAUGAAUGCGACCGACUACAAAGAGAGCUUUCCGAGCGCCACCAGUCCGAGAUUGCACAGCUAAAUGGCGAACCCACCGAACCCGUCGAUGCACUCGAGGACCUGAAUCUCAAUGACACGGAUGGUGAAAAUGGAAAAGCAGAGAAUGCAGACGAGCCUCAAGCCCCUCAGACACCGGAAACACCUGAAAAUACAACUGCGCCUUCCGCAGAGCCAACGUCCGGCUCUCGUCAAAAGAAGCCGAACCGUCAGAAGGCACGGCUUGCACGCCGCGCUGCGGAACAAGCCGCUCAAGCCGAGAUAGCUGCGGAGGAGGCUGCGAAUCAGACGGACCACCGUGGAAAUGAGAAGGAGGUUAUGGAUGGAGCCUUCAAACGGUUAGGGCUGAAGGAGACUGAAAUCACCCCGGACGGGCACUGCCUCUAUUCGGCCGUCGCCGUUCAGCUGGACGAGUCUGGUGUCGGCUUGAAACCUGACCCAAAGCGAAUCGUUCUCCAGCCUCCGACGCAAUCUCGAAUCGAAACAGUGACCUCCCCUAAACACGAUGGCUACAGAGCGGUGCGAGCGGUGACCGCCGAUUACAUUGCUGAACACAAGGACGAUUUUGAGGCAUUCAUGGAGGAACCCUUGGAGCAGUACACGCGGAAGAUUAAGCUCACGGCUGAGUGGGGAGGGCAGCUGGAAUUACAGGCCAUUGCGAGGGCCUACGGGGUUGAAAUCAACGUGGUUCAAGCCGACGGACGGAUUGAAAAAAUCGAGUCGGGCGAUGACAGCUUGGAAGACGAGAACAAGCGCAUUCUAUGGCUGGCUUAUUAUCGACAUACAUACGGGCUUGGUGAGCAUUAUAAUGCCCUUGCAAAGAAGCCUUAA